GUUGAACAACUUUUCUGUGGUUAUUUUUAGGCACUUUCGUACAAUGUUUUUUGUCUCGGGGUUUUUGUUAAUAAAUUAGCCAGAGAAAACAAAGUAAAUAAGGCUCUUAGCUGAUUUGGUGGCCAUGGAUUUGGUGGACAUUGAUCAGGUUUUGGACAAUUUGGAACUGCGCAUUGCGGCCGAUGAGCAGCUGUCCAGGAAUGCAGCGGCAGCUGCGAUUUCCGCAAAUUCUGGUCGAUUCCUAGGCGAUGGAGCAAAUGCGUCCAAUAAUACAGCAGUAGCCGGAGGAUCGGGAGCUACUGGAGUGACACCAACAUCGCUGGCAGCUCCGGCAUCUGGGAAAACCUUCGUGGGCGUCUCCCAGGUUUUCAACAGCCUGGAUGACUAUCGGGAAAAUGUGAAAUCCUUGGAGGUGGAUGGCCAAUUGCCUAGCUACGAUUGGCAAACUGAGGCGGAGCACGAGGACGACAUCCACAAGUUCAGCGAACAGGCGGCGAAAAAUAAUGGACAGGCGAUAGUAUCCUCCUCCGAAUCCCUGACCACUUCUUCUUGUUCCACCUUCUCGUCGGGUCCGUCGCCCGUCAGCAAUGGCAGUCACUCGGAGGAGCUAACAACGCCGCCGGAAAGUGAUAAACCAAGUGAAGUUCAGGUGGCUCCAAAGGAGCAAGAACAAAGGGCGGCAGAGGUUAAGGAUCAGGAUCAAAGUCAAAACCACACGAUUCCAGAGCCAGAUCAGUCAAAGGGCAAUGUAGAGGAGUUGGCCGUGGGCUUGUCCUCCAUCUCGUUCACAGCAUCCGUCACAGAAUCGCAGUCCUUGCUGCCGGAAGAGGUCACCGCAUCCUCUGUUCUGGGACAGGUGCUGCAGGAGCUUUCGGAGGAGUCGUCGCCCAGUAGAGAACCCGAAACGGAGAUGACAAAUGGCAUAGAAAUCCCAGUGGCCAUUUUAAAACCAUCAACUCCGGAAGUACCACCACCACAAGAAAAAGAGCAGCCGGCACAAACCGAAGAAGAGGAUGUGGAGCCGCCUCAGGAGCAACAGCCCAGGCGCAGUCAACCCCUGACCUUCUGUUCUACGAUGGACGAGAUCUCCGACACAGAGCUGGACAGCAUGCUGCAAGAGAUGGACGCAGAUGACAACCAGGAGCCGGACCAGGAAAUGCCCGAGGAAGAAAAAUCCCCCUCCGCCUCACCAGUGACCGAGGAGGAGUCCGUGCGGAUUCUUUCUGACGAACAGGAGACCACUUCCAACGAUCAGAUGAACGUGGACAACUUCUCGCAGGCCUCUACCGUGGAGUUUGCCGAUCUUAAGCAACAGGAAUCCACACCAGUCACCGCAAUGGGCGAGGACAUAGCCUCCAGUUUCAGCAGCACUGAGUCGGAUUCGCUUUCGGGCAGGAAGCUGGAUGGCGAGGAGGACCAGGAGGCUGACAGAGAGCAUGAAGAUGCCAGUCUGGCCACUGAUGCGCUGGAAACCCAAGAGCAGCGUCCCCAGCGACCGCAAACCCUGGAUUUGAAUGGUUGUCAGGCGGGAAGUCAGAGUCCCUCACAAGACGAAACCCCUGAAGUUCAUCAAAGCGAGUCCCAGCCCGCCGAAGUCAAUGAAGGAGCCGGUGGAGUAGGUGUAAUACCCGGUGAAGAUGACGAGGAAAGUCCCAUCUACGAGGCUGUCGGCUACAGCGACCCGCAUGCCAAUCUGGGAAAGGUGCCACCCAUUUGGGUUCCGGACAACAUGGCCGGGCAGUGUAUGCAGUGUCAGCAAAAGUUCACGAUGAUCAAGAGGCGACAUCAUUGUCGCGCCUGUGGAAAGGUCUUGUGCUCCGUUUGCUGCUCUCAGAAAUUCCGUCUGGAGUUCGCCAACGAACCGGAGUCAAGGGUAUGCGUGCAAUGUUACAUGAUUCUCUUCGAGCGGCAGGCGAACGGAUCGAGUUCAGAAUCAGCUCCUGGUUCAGCUCUGCCACCCACUCCCAUGCGUUCGCCAAAUCCCAACAAUCCGAUGGAAUACUGUUCCACGAUACCCCCACACCGUCAGGUGGCCUCUUCACCGGGAGCUCCACCACCCAGCGUAAUUGUGCCCGUGGGUGUGCUGAAGAAAACCGAUGGAAGCUCUUCGAAUUCCUCCAGUUCGGAUGGCCAGAAGGGCGUGAGGAAGCGGAAGAGUGUAAUGUUUAGUGAUGGCAUUGCGCCAGGAAGCGAACUGGCCAGCACCAUGGAACAGCAGUGGGGCGAGUCCAAGCAGGCGAGAAGAGGUCUCUCCAGGAGCGGUUCGGGAGCUGGUCAAAAACCGCCCACACCUGCGACGGAGGAGCCACCGCGCAGCAUUGACACUAGCUCCACUUUGGGCCUGGUGGCUCAGCUUUUCCGAGGCUCCAUACCCCCAAGUGCAGCGGCUGCAACGUUGUCAGCAACUGAAUCUUCGAGCGCUGGUCGCUCCUCAUCCCAAUCCCAAGCUCAGACCUCGCCGCGCCGCAAAGUGGAACCAGCGCGCAAUCGCAAGCUCCCACCGAACGGAGACUCCCAAGGCUGCUAUCUGCCCGCCGAGGAGAAUGCCCUGCCCCCUCUUUGUAUAACGACCAAAGAGGGCUGUGAUGUGGAGUACAAAGUGGUGCGCAACGAUGGAUCGCUCCUAGAGAGAUUGCAAAACGAAACCCUGAAGUUUAUUAUAAAGAACAACUUCUUUGUGAUGGUCAAGAUUGUUAACAUGAGCUGCUGUAUGAAUCGCUGGGUGCUGAACUUCACCACAUCCGGAUUGCAUCACAUGGGCAGCGAUGAGCUGAUCAUUCUGCUGGAAAUAAAGCAACCCCAGCAGAGUGAAUCUGUAGCUGGAGAAGUCGCCAUCCCCAAGGAUGUGUUCCAGCACCUGUAUGAGAUAUAUGUGGAGGCAGAGCACGCCCGGUCCAGUACCCAUGAGUUGGCUUUUACCAGUCCGCGUAACGCCAAUUUCCUGGGAUCCCGGGAGCAUGGAGGAUUCAUUUUUAUCCGGCCAACGUACCAGUGUCUGCAGGGCGUUAUAGUGCCAGAUAAUCCCUAUCUGGUUGGUGUGCUCAUUCAUCGACACGAGGUUCCCUGGGCUAAGGUCUUACCUCUGCGGUUAAUCCUCCGUUUGGGUGCCCAAUAUCGCUACUAUCCCUGUCCUCUCAUCUCGGUGCGCGGCAGGGAGUCGGUGUAUGGAGAAAUAGCUCAAACUAUCAUCAAUUUCCUGGUGGAUUUCCGCAACUAUUCCUACUCCCUACCAGCUAUCCGAGGAUUAUAUAUCCACAUGGAGGAUAGGCAGACCACGGUGAUUAUUCCAAAGUAUCGCCAGCAGGACGUGAUCAAGGCAAUCGACAAUGCCAGUGACCACAUCCUGGCAUUUGCUGGCAACUUCUCAAAGGUGGCCGAUGGGCACUUGGUCUGCAUGCAGAAUAUCAACGACGAUCGAUCCGAGAUGUACUCCUACUCCACGCAGGCCAUUAACAUUCAGGGCCAGCCCAGAAAGAUCACGGGAGCGAGUUUCUUUGUCCUCAAUGAAGCUCUCAAGAGCAGCAGUGGUUUGUCGGGAAAGUGCAGCAUCGUUGAGGAUGGCCUUAUGGUGCAGAUUAUGCCCGCCAAAAUGGAGGAAGUGCGUCAGGCGUUGCGUAAUCAAAACGACAUCGAUAUCGUCUGCGGCCCCAUCGACGCCACCGACGAUCAGAGUGAGAUUGUGAGCAUCAAGUGGGUGGACAAUAAUCGUGACAUCAAUGUGGGGGUCAAGUCCCCCAUUGAUGACCAACCCAUGGAUGGCAUUUCCAACAUGCGUGUCCAUGCCAGCUUCAACUAUUCCAAUGCCAAUCACGCCAUCCGUCUGAGUGAUAUCUACAUCGUCAAGUGCGAGGAGUGGUAUGCCACAAAUGGUGGCAACUAUGCGGACAUAACUCGGAUUGCCGAGCAACUAGCUCGCAGUGCUUCGAUGGCUUUGCUGCCUUUUCUUGAUCUUCUGGCCACGGCUGGCAUUAACAAACUUGGCCUGAGAGCCACACUCGACCAGGAUAAUGUUGGCUAUGAAGCCGGGGCCCGAGGCUCCAAGCUACCGCCGCUGUACAUGAAUGCCCUGGAUAACCAUCUGAUAGCUACGCUUCAUGGCGAAUCGUCCGGCAUUCAGGACCCAAUCAUUCUCGAGCUGGUCUUCUACAUACUGAACGCCUGACUUUAGUCCCAAGUAGUGCAAUUCUCCUGCUGGAUUUGAAGCCCAAACGGAUACCUUCUUAACUCAAGGCUCUAUGCGAUCAAAGCUUACAAUAACUACACCAUGGCUCUUGGGGCUAAUGAGGAGGAGGUUAUAUAGUCGUAUUGUUGGAUGGCUCAGUUAACUGUGUAUAUAUUUAAGUAGCUCAUCGAUCGGUUUUUGUCUCUGCUUUUCUACAAUACUCCUCCCCCUUUUCUUUUACACUGUUAUAUUAUUCUUGAAUUUUAUUUGUUUGAGUUUUCAUUGAAAGUAAAAAUAUCUAAGAAACCUAUAUAUAUAUAUAUAUAUAUUUGUAUGUGAUGUUCUUUAAUAUGCUUUACACAUUUACCAUUCGAGUAUAUAUAUGAAUAACAAACUAUAUAAAAACUG